CACGUUUUGAUUUGACUUAUCAUUUGAAUUGAAAGACAAAUGGAUUUAAAUAUAAUUGUAUUUAAAAACAAAACUUUUGAUUCAAAGCAAACCAUUGCAGAGAAGUUGAGUCGAGCCCUCAAUUUGGGCUUUCGGACCAUUGGUGUGACCGUCGAUGUCGACGCCAAUGAUAUUCAAAAUAUCCCAAAGCCACCGGUCAUUGAAUUGCAGGAAUUGGGGAUCAAUUGGAAGGACGUGUGCAUAAAGACCCGGCUGAAUGUCAGAGUGGAUGAACACAUCCAAACACAUCGAUUGCCCAUUUCCAAAGGCAUUGGAAUCGAAAUAAACUACGGAAACAGUCUUCUCGAUCAGACCGCCAGACGAUCACUGUUUGGGUUCUCACAACUUCUGGUCGAGAAGACCAGAUCCAGAAAUAUCAUACUCUCCUCCGGAGCUGAGACCAGCUUUGCGUUGAGAUCUCCCAAAGAUGUGACUUAUUUGUGA